CUGCCGAUGCUUCUUUUCAUGGCCCCAUCCUCCGCGCACAGACUCCCCCUUCCGUCACAGCUGCUUACAAGUUGUUGGUGUCCACGUAGGGGCGCCUCAGCAAGCGUCUUCCUGUGCUGUCCCUCGUGUAGCUCCCGUCAAGUACCACACCUGUCUCUCCUGCCUCCAUCGGAGACACCACUGACUUCUGCUGCGAUACUAGCGGACAUCCCAUGCCGAUGCAAUCUCUGUGCCGGACGGUGACGAAGUUGAGCACCGAAAGUGGAGAGAGAGAGUGAGUGUGGAGGUGGUGUGUGCAGGAUUCGGGGUGAGUUUUGGCAGCAGAUAAACAGAUGUAUGGCGUUGCUUCAAAUCAUCAUGUGUUGGGAACCAGGCAAGCGUUGCCGCUGGGUCGUACAGGGACGCCUCUGUACGAGCGUGUGACAUCGCAGUUAGCUAGAGGUAGAGGGACAAAGCAAACGAGGACGCACCGAUUGAUUGCGGCUUUGAGUCCUGCCUUCCCGAAUCAGCCAGAUUUGUCUGCAUUUCAGUGGCCCUCGACAUCGGCAUUGCGGGUAGGAUCGCAAGGAGAACCAGAGAGACAAGUGAAGGCCGGGGCCAAGGAGAAGUGGCCCAAACACAAUGAAAGUGCUUUGAGUAGUGACUCACCGCUGUCUCUGCCCUUGGCUUAUCCAGGGACCGAACCCGCCACCCAGAAAGAGAGAGAUGCAAUGGUGAAUUGUAACCCCGAAGUACAGGAUUGUAAGAAUCCCGUGUACCAAUGGACGGCGAAGUGUUCAAGAUGCCAAGGCACAGGGGAGGUGAGCUUUUACAGGAAACGGGGCAAAGAAGUAAUAAGCAAGUGCAUUGCUUGUUUAGGCAUAGGUUAUGUGGAGAAGAUAACUUUGCGGGCGGAUAAAGUAGACGAAUCUGAUUUGUCCAAGUGAGUGUCUGGCUCUGUCUUGGAGAGCAGCACUCAUUUUCGAGAACACGAUUUGGAAUUCUUUUAGUAUUUCGCUUUGGGUAAUUCGCACAGGUGUACGGUGGCACAAUUGAACCAGCAGCACCUUUGAUGCAGGAAGAUUUUUUUUCGAGGGCUCAGGAAUGAUAUAACUGAAGCAAGUAAUAGUCUUUCUAGUUGAAGUCUCUGACCUUUGAUCUGUACUUUUUGUGGUGGAAUCGAACGAGGAGAGUGCUGAGGCCUUGUUUUAUAGCAGCUGAGGAGCAAACAUUACGGGUAGUGGGAUAAUACCGUGAAAUUUUAUUGGCAACGAAUGUUGCAAGUUUUGCUAGUUGUAGUUUUGGUGCCAUGGACGAUCAUCAAGCACUACAAUUGUCUUGGUACGUAAGUCUGCUGCCUAUAUCACUGAUCUAGGAGGUCAGAACGCCUUUGCUUUAAACGAAUAGUCGUAGCAGCGUUGUAAGCUUAGCCUAGACUUAUCCUGUUAAGAAAUAACGCUUGACGAAACUCUGGCACAAAGUUGUGAGGGCAAACUGAAUCAUAGGAAUAGAUCAUGAAGACCUACAUUGCCUUCUGUGUGGAAGCUUUUUGCUGCAAGAGCUCGGUUAAGCUCUCCAUCAUAGAAGAGGUCCAGUACCUGCCUCAAGUACAUACGACAUGGCUCAUGAGAGGCAGUUGCAAAAAAUGAGCAACGCAAUUUAAAGGAAGGCGUGCAGUCUAGUUAAUGCUGCAUGCUUGGAAACCUGGUGAGAUUGGGCUAACCUCUGGGCCAUCUUUGCAGCGAGCAUUUGCGAGGUUGAUCAUCUUUCUCACUAACGCAGCAACAAUUUUGUAAUCUGCAUUAGGAGCGCUAAGUGUUAAGGUCAGGCACAUGCGAAAUGCGGCCGACGCAACCUCCAUACUAGGUUCUUUUCUCCUUGAAGCCUCAAGGCCCAUUUUGAAAAAAUGUUCAGCUGUGAACCCUGGCAUGUUGCUGCAUUGUUUUAAAAUUUUCAGUUGUUCUGCAUCUUCUUUUGCCCUUCCUUUGAGUUCGAAUUGUAGUAGAUGCAGGUAUAUACCAAAGCUUCCGUCGGUUUUGCUCCCAGAGUCGUCGAUGGCCACAAGUUUCUUGUGCACCUGCAGCAGUGGACGUGGAAUGACACUGAUGUCACGAAUCCAUAUUCUUUCAGUAAAGGAGUAGCUUUCGAUGCGUGAUAAAACAUACCUCCUGACAUUUAUCCAAGUAGGUUGUUGCAAUGUGUAUAACUUCGGUCUCGUUCACGUCAUCCGUUGUUAACAGAGCCGAUACGCAGAGAAGCAAAGCUGUUUGGACGGACCGGAGACUACCGGGGGUCGGGGGUAGUACACAGUAAAAGUUUGAGGAUAUUGCGUAAAAUUCGAAACAAGACUUCCAAUCCUGUUCUUUUCCACAUUCCAUAGCCUGAUUCCAAGAUGCUCCUGAAUACCAUUUUGCUUCUCGUUCCCCGCUGCUCCCAGUACCAAAGAACUUUUCAUAUCCUAGUUCUUGCAGCCGUUUAUUGGCGUACUUGAAGUGCCAUAGUAUGUCAGAGCGCUUGGUUUUUCCCUGGAUCAGAAGCAGGAUUAGGUUUCUGAGCACAACAACCUCUUCCGUGACCAUGACCCUGUCCGAAGAGUAUAAGCUCAGCAUGUUGCUUAGUGCAGCAACUGCAACUGUGAUUGUUUUGCAAGCUAUGGCCUCGUGGCAAGCAAGAUUCAAGAACUCGGGUUCAAAGUCGGUGCAUUUCAGCAUCCUCUCCA